GCAAAAAUUGGAGGAGAUGCUGGCACAUCAAUGAAUUCAAACGACUACGGUUAUGGAGGACAAAAAAGGCCUCUUGAGGAUGGAGAUCAACCAGAUGCUAAGAAAGUUGCUCCUCAGAAUGACGCUUUUGGAAAUCAGCUACCACCGAUGCAUCAACAACAAAGCAGGUCUGUGAUGACAGAGGAGUACAAAGUUCCAGAUGGGAUGGUUGGAUUCAUAAUUGGCAGAGGUGGAGAGCAGAUCUCGCGUAUACAGCAGGAGUCUGGCUGUAAAAUACAGAUUGCCCCUGAUAGUGGAGGCCUGCCUGAAAGAUCAUGUAUGCUAACUGGAACACCAGAGUCUGUUCAAUCAGCAAAAAGAUUACUUGAUCAGAUAGUUGAAAAGGGAAGACCUGCACCUGGCUUUCAUCAUGGUGAUGGACCUGGAAAUGCAGUCCAAGAAAUCAUGAUUCCAGCAAGUAAAGCAGGAUUAGUUAUUGGAAAAGGUGGAGAGACAAUUAAACAGUUACAGGAGCGGGCAGGUGUCAAAAUGGUCAUGAUUCAAGAUGGUCCACAGAACACUGGUGCAGACAAGCCCCUUAGGAUAACUGGAGACCCUUAUAAAGUUCAACAAGCCAAGGAAAUGGUGCUGGAGUUAAUUCGUGAUCAAGGUGGCUUUAGAGAGGUGCGCAACGAAUAUGGGUCACGAAUAGGAGGAAAUGAAGGGAUAGACGUUCCAAUACCACGAUUUGCUGUAGGUAUUGUGAUAGGAAGAAAUGGAGAGAUGAUAAAAAAGAUACAGAAUGAUGCUGGUGUUAGGAUCCAGUUUAAGCCAGAUGAUGGAACAACUCCAGAUAGAAUAGCCCAAAUCACAGGGCCUCCUGACAGAUGUCAGCAUGCUGCAGAGAUUAUUACAGAUCUCCUUCGAAGUGUUCAGGCUGGUAACCCUGGUGGACCAGGACCUGGUGGUCGAGGCAGGGGUAGAGGCCAAGGCAACUGGAACAUGGGGCCUCCCGGUGGCUUACAGGAAUUCAAUUUUAUUGUUCCCACUGGCAAGACUGGAUUAAUCAUUGGCAAAGGUGGUGAAACUAUUAAAAGCAUAAGCCAGCAGUCUGGUGCUAGAAUAGAACUUCAAAGAAAUCCUCCACCUAACGCAGAUCCAAACAUGAAGAUGUUUACUAUCCGUGGAACACCCCAGCAAAUAGAUUAUGCACGACAGCUUAUAGAAGAAAAGAUUGGAGGUCCAGUAAAUCCAUUGGGUCCACCUGUUCCACAUGGACCUCAUGGUGUUGUUCCUGGCCCGCACGGACCUCCUGGGCCACCAGGUCCUGGUGCUCCCAUGGGACCAUAUAACCCUGCUCCUUAUAAUCCAGGGCCUCCUGGCCCUGCACCUCAUGGUCCUCCAGCACCGUAUGCCCCACAAGGAUGGGGAAAUGCCUAUCCACACUGGCAGCCACCAAAUCCACCAGAUCCGGGUAAGCCCGGAACAGAUCCCAAUUCAGCAGCGUGGGCAGCUUAUUAUGCUCACUACUAUCAGCAGCAAGCACAGCCACCACCUGCAGCCCCUCCUGGUGGACCAGCUACAACCCAAACUAAUGGACAAGGAGAUCAGCCAAAUCCAGCACCAGCAGGGCAGGUUGACUAUACCAAGGCCUGGGAGGAGUACUACAAAAAAAUGGGUCAAGCAGUUCCUGCCCCUGCUGGGGCCCCGCCGGGUGGUCAGCCAGAUUACAGUGCAGCGUGGGCUGAGUACUACAGGCAACAGGCAGCAUAUUAUGCCCAGACAAGUCCCCAGGGAAUGCCACAACAUCCUCCAGCACCACAGGGUUUUGAAAACCAUGCAAGAAGCCACCACCAUUUACAUUAACCAGUUUUUCUUUCUUAAAGGCUUCACUCCUGAGUUAGCUCGAUUUAAAGGAUUUUCUUUAACUUUUUGUGUAUCUCUUAUGUAUCUCUUCUGCACAGGGCCAAUAAUAAGAAGUGGACAAUACAGUAUUUUCUUCAUUGUGUGGGGGAAAAAACCUUUGUUAAAUGUAUGGAUGCAGACGCCUUGAUGAAGAUCUUAAUUUUGUUUGGUUAAAAAAAUAGUGUUUUUGAAAAUGUACAAAAUAUCUAUCACUACUGAUAGGAGGUAAUAUUUCUGUGUAGAAAUGAAAAAUGGUUUGUUUUUAGUAUUAGUGUAGAUGUACACAUUCCAGCAAAUGUAUUUGCAAUUAUGUGGUUAAUGCUUUGUGAUAUAAAUGUACUUUUUCAAUGUAUACUUUAUCACUUUUAAAAUGCCUGUUUUGUGCUUUACAAUAAAUAAUAUGAAACCUCC